AUGUUGACGAUAGUCAACCACGCUUCCAGUCCGACGGUCUGGACUCCGGACGCCACCGAACGGCUAUCAAUCGGACGAGCUCAACUCCGUCCCAGUUCCCAGAGCUCGCUGGCAGGAGCCGUCUUGUUUGAUACCCGGUCCGCCGUGUCCGUGGCGAUGGCGGACCGGCUCACGGUUCACCUCCUUAUCUCUCCCGAUCUGGCCUGCAGCAACGCUGGAAGAGUCAAACAAGAAAGGGCAUCUACCGUUAUCAAGGGUUGUUCUGGUUGUCCUGAAGCCCUGAGUGACCCUCACCAAUCUUCCACGACACAGCGGAAAAAGCGACUCAGUCCAGUAGGUGUCACGCUAUCUCCAGGUCUAUUUUCAGCAUGCGCAGCCAUUCCAACCAAGUCUAUUCCAUCCCCGGAAUCGCUAACCGACCCGGCUUAUCUGCGCCAAGCCGGUCGAGACGCAUUUACGACAAAAGAGAUGGACAAAUCCCAACGCAUCGUCGUUAUCGGCGCCGGCGUCUUCGGUCUCUCGACAGCCCUCGACCUCGCUCAGAAUGGGUUCACCAAUGUCACAGUCUUGGAUCGGAGCAUGCCUCCCGUUCCAGACGGGUCGAGCAAUGACAUCUCGCGCGUAAUCCGCUUCGACUACGGUGACAAGGUGUACGCGCAGCUGGGCAAGGAAGCAUACGAUCUCUGGAACACACCUGAAUACGCAGACUCUUUCCACCAGGGCCCGUGUGUUUGGACGGCGCAGAAGAAGGGCGGUCUCGCCGGCGGGUCCGAUUUCAUUCGCAAGACAAAGGCGAUUCUUGAUGAUCUGGGUCUCGAGUGGCAUGAUCUGAAGCACGUCGAUGCGCUGAAAGAGCGUUUCCCGGCCGUGGCGGGCCGCCCCAUUGGAGAGGACUUUGAGGGCUUCUACAACAAUGCCGCCGGGUGGGCGGAUGCCGGUGUCGCCAUGACGGGGCUACGUGAUCGCUGUAUCGAGGCCGGGGUGGCCUUUGUCACUGGGCCUCACGGGCAUGUCUCGUGGUUGGAGCAUGAGAAGGCGAAGGACGGCGAUGGUGGCAGCUCCAUCACGGCCGUCCGCACCAUUGAUGGCGGGAGAAUCACCGGCGACAAGUUCAUCCUCGCGACGGGUGCCUGGACGGCGAAUCUCAUUCCCUCCUGGAACUCGAUGGUCGCGACGGCACAGAUUGUCGGGUUCGUCCGUCUGACACCACAGGAGGUAGAAGCACUCAAGGACCUCCCCAUUAUCUUCAACCUAUCAACCGGCUUCUUCAGUUUCCCACCGCACGAAAAGACAGGAUAUCUUAAGGUAGCGUGUCACAGCUUUGGUUAUACGCUCUCGACUCAGUCAGCGAACAAAUUGGUCUCAUCGCCUCCCGGCCGGGCGAUUCCCGCCCGGGCAAACUUCAUCCCCCAAGAGGGGAUGGAGAGACUGCAGGCUGGACUGAGGGAGAUACUCCCCGAGAUUGCGAAAAGGGGCUUUGAGAAGACCUGUCUUUGCUGGUACAACGAGACGCCAACUGGGGAUUUCAUCUUCGACUAUCACCCUGAGUAUAAAAAUCUGUUCAUCGCCACUGGCGGGACGGGACAUGCCUUCAAGUUCCUCCCUGUGAUCGGAAAAUACAUCGCGUCAGCGUUCCAGCGCACCCUCUCCCCCGAACUGACACAGAAAUGGCGAUUCCACACCGAGUACCGCAAUCAGCCCCGCGAGAAGCUCUUCACCGGGAGUAACAGCCGCAAUGGAGGUGAUGGCAGUCGAGGCGGGCCGAACAGGAGGGAGUUUACUGAUGAGGAGCGGGAUCAGUUGUUGUCGUUGACGGAUGCAUUGGCAACGAGGGGGGCGAGGAUUUAG